AUGGAGACUGUAUACCGCGCAUUUCGAGAUCAACUCAAUCUGCGCCCGUCUAUAACGCUAGCCCAGUUCUUCUCCCACUCCUAUGCGGAACGAAAGAUUGAGUUGGCCUGUAUGGCUGCCGCUCGAGUCCACGACCAAUCGACGCGUUUUGUCAAGCGACCAACGGCCAUGAGCAACAAUACGUCGCCGGCAAUGGCACCUUUGGCUUCAGCAAAUAUGAACGGAUCUCUCCAGCGUCAGCGACCCUCAAGCCAAUGUUUAAGCGGGACAGUUAGUGGACGAUCAUCUGGGUUGCAGAACGCUUAG